AUGGCUCGUCAUGAAAACCCUUUCGACAUGCAGAUCAAGCUGCUGAUGAUCGGCGACAGUGGUGUGGGCAAGACGUGCUUGCUGCUGCGCUACGCUAAUGACUCGUUCUCUCCGACGUUUAUCACAACCAUCGGCAUCGACUUCAAGAUCAAGAACAUAGAGCUGGACAACAAGAAGGUCAAGUUGCAGAUCUGGGACACAGCCGGCCAGGAGCGCUUCCGCACCAUUACGACGUCGUACUUCCGCGGUGCACAGGGUAUUUUAUUGGUGUAUGACGUCACAGACCGCGCAUCAUUCCAGAGCAUUCGCAACUGGGUGGGCCAGAUCCAGCAACACGCCGACGUGCAUGUGAACAAGAUCCUCAUUGGCAACAAGUGUGAUAUGACGGACGACAAGGUCGUAAGCACGGAGGAGGGUCAGGCAUUAGCGGACGAGUACGGAGUCAAGUUCUUUGAGACAAGUGCGAAGAACAAUAUCAACGUGGAAGGCGGCUUCAUCGAGAUCGCGCGUGAAGUGAAGAACAGGCUCAUGGAAGAGGGCGGACCGCACAAGAAGGACAGCGUCAACCUCAACGCAAAACCAGCACCCGUGAAGAAAAGCUGUUGCUAA